GCUUUCCUUUUCCACCAUCACGAGCUGCGCUGUUCGCAAGCUUACACUCGCUUACGCAUUCCCAUUUGUAUUCCUGAAAGAGCCGUAUCUGAUCUACCCUUUUUCCCAUCUGCCCAUUUGGUCGUCGGGCCGCAGGUUGAGUCCUCAUCAGUUGUCCGCUUCUCGAUCGUUGAUCGAUCUCCACGAUGGGAAGGCCCCGGCGUAAAGCACUCCUCAUCGGGAUCAACUACAUCGGGUCCUCGCACCAAUUGGCGGGCUGUAUCGACGAUGUGCGCAACAUGCAGGAGUUCCUCAUGUCGCGGAACCAUUCACCUACGACGCGGGAUAUGGUUGUUCUAACGGACACGAAUGACGUGAGGGGACCGUAUUUCCCGACGGGUCACAAUAUUAUUGCUGCGAUGCGCUGGCUUGUGAGUGAGCCUGGAUGUCUGUGCUUUCUACAUUACUCGGGCCACGGGGGCCAGGUGCCGGACAAUGGCGAUGGGAGAAGUUCGAGUGGCUUCGACGACACGAUUGUGCCGGUGGACUUUGAGAGAAACGGGCAGAUUCCUAGUGGUGUGUUGCAUCGGUUUCUCGUGAGUGGGUCGGCGCCGGGCUGUGUUUUGAGUAUCUUGUUUGAUUGCUGUCACAGUGGUUCGGCAGUCGAAUUACCGUUCGUGUACAGAACGGAUGAUGAUGGGAAUGUCGAUUUAAUGGACAACUUGAGACAGGGGUUCGAAUUGAUUGGGGAGGUAAGCGCUCCCGUGACAAGAUACAAGGCUAGGAAGGCAGGGACAGAGUGGAUGACUGACUUGAGGAUUUCCAGGAUUAUGUUCUCGGGGUGCAAGGAUGAGCGAACGAGUGCGGAUGCAUUUAUUAACGGGAGGCAUGUUGGUGCAAUGUCCUGGGCGUUUCUGGAAACGAUGAAGACCGAUAACUAUUGGAACCUCUCCUACGUUCAGAUUCUGCAAAAUGCGAGAGCGCUGCUCCAGGAGCAUUAUUCGCAGAUACCGCAAUUGAGCUGUGGGUUUCAGUUCAAUCUGGAUAGUCCAUUCAGAAUAUGA